UUCAACAUUCAUAAUAGUCAUGCCAGACACGCAGACCAUCGUGAAUGAUUUUGUCAUAAAGCUCAAACGACGUAAGGUUGAGGGAUCACAGGCGACAGCUAAACAGACUGCAGAGCUGCUCCGGUCAGUGAUUUCUCAGCAGAGGGUGCCACAUACGAACCAGGCUGGGGCUCUGAUUGAGGCUGUCAAGGCAGUUGGCGAGCAGCUAAUUGCUGCGAAUCCUGUGGAACUUGCAGUUGGAAACAUUGUGAGGCGUGUUCUUCACAUCAUUAGGGAGGAAAAUGUGUCUCUAGCCACGAAUGCCAUUGGUAGGUUGAAUGUAUCUGCUGGAAGUGACGAUGAAGAUGAUGAUGAGCGGGGUGAUUUUCCAGUACUCUCUGCAGCAGCAGUUGCUGCUGCUUCCAGAAGUACUUUGCGUCCACCUUCUUUGCAUGCCCUUCUUGAGGAUAUGCCUGAUUUGGGAGCUGCUCAUCACACUUCUUCUUCAGGAGGUGAUUCAGAAGGAAAAAGCAAAUCGGCUGAUAAAAGUUCAAGGAGCCGAAAGCUAAAACAUGAUGUUAUUGAGGCUGUUAAUGAACUCAUUGAAGACAUUGACACCUGCCAUGAACAGAUUGCUGAACAAGCAGUGGAGCAUAUUCAUCAUAAUGAGGUAAUUUUAACUUUGGGCAGCUCAAGAACAGUGAUGGAGUUCCUUUGUGCUGCGAAAGAGAAGCAGCGGUCAUUCCGGGUAUUUGUUGCAGAAGGUGGUCCAAGGUAUCAAGGACAUUCUCUUGCAAAAGAGUUGGUAGCAAGAGGUUUACAAACAACUGUAAUUACUGAUUCUGCAGUUUUUGCCAUGAUUUCUCGAGUGAAUAUGGUAAUUGUUGGAGCUCAUGCUAUUAUGGCCAACGGCGGGGUGGUAGCACCUGUUGGGUUGAAUAUGGUUGCACUUGCUGCUAAAAAGCAUGCGGUUCCAUUUGUUGUGGUUGCUGGUAGUCUCAAGUUAUGCCCAUUGUAUCCACACAAUCCAGAGGUCCUACUAAAUGAUUUGAGAUCACCAUCUGAAUUGCUAGAUUUUGGGGAGUUCUCAGAUUGCAUGGAUUUUGGAUGUGCUGGUGGUGCUCCUCUUUUACAUGUUGUCAAUCCUGCAUUUGAUUAUGUGCCCCCAAACCUCGUUAGUCUUUUUAUCACUGACACAGGAGGGCACCCCCCUUCAUAUAUGUACCGGCUCAUUGCAGAUUACUACUCUGCUGAUGAUUUUGUUGUGCAAAAGAGACCAGCCUCUGGAAAUUGAAGCCAGCUUUAGAUCUUAGAAUAUGCUGACAGGUCUGCCAUAGAAAAGCUACUGUCGGAG